AUGACUACAGUACAACUCCCACUGACACCAGCGGAGAAGCUGUUCCGGGAGUGCCUGCUGGACUGCCGAACGCAGAUGGAGUCCGUCCCUGGGAUGAAGGAUCUCGUGCUUCGGUGGACAGGGGGCUGGGUCCGGGAUAAGCUGCUCGGUGUGCAAAGCCAUGACAUCGACGUGGCACUGAGCACGAUGACCGGAUGGGAGUUUGGUCAGGCGCUGCAGACUUUCAUCAAGGAGCACGGCGCAAAAUAUGAGGAGCAAGCCAGGAAACAAGGAUUCAACUCACAGUUGAAGGAUAUUCACAAGAUCGAGGCGAAUCCGGACAAGUCGAAGCACCUAGAAACCAUCACUACCAGAAUGUUCGGUAUCGAUGUCGACUUUGUCAAUCUCAGAAAAGAGGUUUACAAUCGUCAAAACCGCCAUCCACAGGUUGAAUUUGGCACUGCGGAAGAAGAUGCGCUCCGUCGAGAUGCCACCGUCAACGCCCUCUUUUACAACCUGGACACGCAAGAGGUCGAGGACUUUACGCAUCGCGGGCUCGAGGAUAUGAAGGACAAGAUCAUCCGGACGCCCCUUGCGCCGUAUCAGACAUUCAAGGACGAUCCACUACGGGUUCUGCGCCUCAUCCGGUUUGCCUGCCGACUGCAGUACGAGAUCGAGCCGAGUGCGAAAGAGGCGAUGAAAGACACAACCAUCCACGAGGCCCUCCGCUUGAAGAUCAGUAGAGAGCGCGUGGGGGUGGAAAUCGGCAAGAUCAUGGCCGGACCUGAUCCCUACACCGGAUUGAAGUACGUCAACGAGUUUGAUCUCUACUUCACUGUGUUCGCCGACCCGGCAACACCGCCGAUCGACGACUCGGUUGACGCCGGUCAUGCAAUCAUCGCCUACGACGGCCUCCAAAGGAUCCUGGACGAGAAAUCCUCGAUCUGCCUAAGCCUGAGACCCAGGGAGGACCAAACCCUGAGCUGGUUCCUCGCGGCGUACACGCCCUGGUGUAAGUCGUCUGCAAACGCAUACCAGGCGUCCAGGGAAGGCAUCAAGGCCACAAACAGCAUGAGCAAGGUCCUGAGAGAUGCGAUCGACAUGCGGCCCGCCAUCCUCGACGGAGUGCAAUCCGCCAACGACGAGAAAGCCAUCCGAGGAGACGUGGGUAUGACACUGAGACGGUGUAAAGAGGCGUGGAGAUCGCAUGUGCUUUUCUCACUGCUCUGCGACCUCGUGGAGCAAGAUUUCGCGACCGUGACUGACCGGUAUCAGAACUUCCUUGCUUACAUUCACUAUCAGAAGCUGGAAGACGCGUAUGCUGUAACUCCAAUUCUGAAGGGCAACGAGAUCAGAGAAGCAUUGGGAAAUCCAAAGGUCGGUCCCUGGCUCGGGAAAGCGGUCGAUGAACUUGCACGCUGGCAGUUCGACCAUCCUCAGGGGGCGAAAGAGGAAGCAAUUGACAUGAUGAUGGGCAAAAGAUCGGAACUAGGUCUCAGUUGA